AUGUCUACAAAACAGGCAGUUUCAAGGACCAGAAGUCUGAAGGGAAAAGAAGCGCUUUUAGAGUGGUGCAAACAGCAAACUGAGGGGUACAAAGAUGUCGACGUUCGCGAUUUGAAUGCAUCAUGGAGAGAUGGUUUGGCGUUCUGUGCCCUUCUUCACCGAUUCAACCCAGAACUUCUGUAAGUAUUUGGAGUUCAAGCAGGUUCUCUUUUAGUGUGCGUUAAGCAAAAUGCAACUUAAUAUCUAUAAUAAGCGAGGUCCCCUUUCCCCGAAAUUAUUUCACCUGAGUAUGGCAAAAUUGACUUGGGUGAGACCACAGAGUUUUCCGAACAUCUCAGCAAAUUGCCUAACUCAAAAUAAGUCCAGUUUAAUAACUUUACGAUCAGUAGCGUCAUAACUGACAUACUGCUAGCUGAUAACGCCGUUUGUUUAUCCGCUGGGUAAAAUAACGUCAAACGCCAAACUUCUGCAUCAUAUGGGUAGAUCAAAAUUAUACAAGAUCCGUGUUUAUAUAAAAGUUGUCGUGUUUAAAACCUCUCUCGCAUUUUCUAAUAUUGUUUAUCUAAGAAAUAAUAUGUUUUCCAAGGCCACAAUCUGCUAUUGAUAAAUUCUUGUUACGAGUGAAAGUUAAUCAUCUCAUAUGAUAAACUUUCACACAUAACAAGAUUUUAUAGUGUUCAGAACAACUGAACAAUAAGAAUUAGAGGAAGGAAAAUAUUUACAACAAACACUAAAUGAUCUGUUGCACGAAAUAGCGUUCAAAUCUUAAUCACAUUCACGACCAGAAAUAUAUAACUAAGAAAUAGAUAAGUUACAAUUCAUUUCAGUAAAAAAAAAAAGAAGCUUGGAAUGACGACCCUCACGAUCCCCCAGUACAUCUCGAACAGCAAUUAAACCUAAUCAACCUUAAAAUCAGAUGGCGAAACGAUGACAAAAGAACACAGUUCACGGUUUACUAAAUAUUGAAUAAAUACACAAAACAGAUAGGGAAAUAUGAGUUCUGUCCGUUUCCUUAUCGUUUUGGAGGGGGGCGAGAUGGACGGCCAAAUUCAUGAAGUUUCUUAAAGGUCAUCUGUAAAAAACUGACCUUUAUCGGGAUUGACUACUACAAUAGGUUUACUAUUACAGCUUUGGAUGCGUUAAAUGUUUUUCCUGAGUACAAUAAGUUUGAAUAAGUAUCGAUUUCUACCUUAAGUGGUUUUUAAAGGCCGCUCUUGCGUAACUUCGAUAGGUCAGUUUGCACUUAAGAUGACUUUUUGACAGACUUUUUUUCGUGGCAUUCGGUCCUUCGAUUUUACCGUCGCCUUCUUCCAAUAGUUAUGGCUAGUCAACCCUUUCAAUCCAAAUAUCAAUUCACAAAAUCCUAAUUUCGUUUUCUAAAAUCCUAGAAUUAAAUAGCAAAAGAGGUUUGAAUUGAAUGGUAACAUUAUAUGAUUUCAUCCACAGUUUUUCAAAUCUCUGAGCGUGUAUACAUUGUUUGCGGAGAAUGAUAUUUCAUCGAAGGAUGUUAAAAGCUCGAAGCUAUCAUCGAUAGUAGCUAUGCAAGUACUCUAAAGACAGAACAGAUACUAGGUGAAACUGACUGCAGUUCAAUUCACAGGCUCCUGCAACUCAUGCAUUGUCCUUCUUGCAUACUUACUUAAUAAGCUUCUCAAUACUAAUAGACUUUACAGGGGGGCAUAUAUUUCAUCUGGGAGCAUUUUGCUGAGAUCCUUUUUCUCAGUCGAUCUCAAGAUGUUUGUUCUUCCACAUAUCCGGUAUAGUGCCCGAACAAACCAUCAAUCCAUUAACUGUGUUCGUGCACAGACUAGGGAAUACAUCGUCCCCUAGCUACUCGGUCCCUGAGAUAACCUUUUGUUUCGAACGGGACAGCAAGAAGGUAGUUUCCAAGAAUUAGGUGACCCAGGAGCCGGUAGCGAGGUUAUGGGCCCUGGUAACCUCAAAGCAUGAAGUUAAGCCAUCCUUUGAUCUGCAUUUAGUUAUGGGGAAGUCAAGUGAUUAGCCUGUUUACUGCUUGUCUUAAAAGUUUGGUUUCAAAACGCUGGUGAGGAAGUGAACCCGUCAACUGAGUUGACUUAGUGAAAUUACUAUUGUAAAACGGCUGAAAACCUAAUGUUUUGGAACGCAAUCCCACGUUGUCUUAUUGUUUAAUUGAUAAUAAAAACGUUUUUAAAUAGCCAUAACUGAAAAAAAAACAACUAAAACGAAGUCCAUGUCGAAGGUUAAUUUUCGAACUUUGUCAAAUGUUAAUCAAGAAUUAUCAUUUCAGGGAUUUUGAGAGCCUCUCAAAAGACGAUGCAAUGAAAAAUAACGAGUUGGUAAGUCGAGAUCAGUUUGAUAUAUAGAUUUAGCCAGGGCUAAAAGCGAAGCUCUGGUUAAUGAUACGUGUAAACAAAAAAAAUUGAAUCGUGUAAUGCUAAACGCGGACGACAAUGAAUAUGGCUUCAAGACUAAUAGAUGUAAUUAGCCAAAAAAAAAAACAAAUUGCACGUGCAGCACACUUUUUCCUCUAAUUAGCAAAAAAAAAAAUUUGCACGGGCAGCACGCUUUUUUGUCUUUCCCUUGUUGUUGUUUUGCACGACUCCAACGCUGUUUUGUACGGCUAAAACGUCAAACUUCCUAGUUACACAUUUUUUUCAUAGAGGAAUUGUCGUAUGUGCUUACCCAAUAUUUUGUCUCCUGUGUUCAUGUUCGCUUUUAUUUUUCAUUGCCGCUCAUUUUCACCUUGCUGGUCGCUAGCAUUUCUCAUUUUCUCACCGCCGCUUUGAAUUUCCAUGUUUUUCUUCCUAAGAAAUUCGUCUCCUUUGUUUUCAAUGACUCGCUCUAGCUCUUUCUCUGUUGUCCACGUUAAUGUAAACAUAAAAAAUAACGCCGGAAAAGACAAGACUAUGUUGUUGUUUUUUGUUCUAAAUAAAACCUUGAGUCGCAUUUGGGUUGCCAUACCUGUGGAUUGAGUUAUUUUACAUUAGUAUGCCUGUGGUGCGGACGGACGGUCGCUCGCUCGGUGUACGGUCACGUGAUUACCAAAUUUUCUUGGAUGGGUAGUUUACCACAUUUUCUUACCCAUGGUGCUCCGCUGCGCGCUUCGCGCGCGAGAGCUCCUCUAUUAUUCACUGCUAUUACCAAAACUAGACUGCCCUACAAACUCAACAUAGCGAUGACACACGUAUGAACAUCAGUAGACGUCUUGUAUAAUACAAUAAGCAAUAAAAAAGUAAACUCGCAACUCUUUUUAUUGGUAAACUGUCGAAAAAAUAACUGAGUUGAAACAAUGGCUCAAAGUUUGUCUUUUCAGAAAGUCAAAUUCUUUCAUGUUUUAUUUGCUGUGUUAAACCGAGUUUCAUUGACCAAAAUUAAACGUUCGUCUGUUUGUUUGCUUUCAGGCUUUCAAAAUUGCCCAAGAGGUAUUAAAGGUACCAGCACUAUUGGACGCCGAGGACCUGGUAUCGAUGGAAGUUGUUGAUGAAUUGAGUGUGAUGACCUAUGUGUCAAUGUUAUACAAGCGAAUGACCAAGCAAUCGCGUUCUUGUAAGUGUUGGGUUUAUACGUCGCACCAAAUAUUUAUAUGGUUUCUUCAUUAGAGGCCGCCGGUAUCUUCAAAAGACCAGGUAUUCGCAGACAUUCGAAAAAGGGGCAAGCAAAUCGGGUUCUUCUGCUGAUCUUCUCCUUUUUCUUCCUACGGUUUUCGCAUCAGUAGGAGCUACAAGUACUUAAGAGAAUAUAACUGAAAAAAAAAACACUCCAUAUUCGAGAAAAAGAAGGGAGUAAAAGAUGGAGUGUUGUUCUGUUAUUGUUGUUAGAAUUGAAAUAACGCUUAUCGUCUCUUCCACGUAUCGCCUAAGCGCCGUCAGUCGAGCAGAUUCUCGACCUACUCUUAGUCUACUGAGGUACAAAAUCAUGACUGAUAAAAACAAAUUCUUUUCCUAUUUUAGCCCCCACAAGUCCAACUGCCACAUCUCCGACAGGUACAGUAUAAAUCUAAAAAAAUCUGUAUUUUUUUGUGAGUGUCCAUGGAUUAAUAAUCCAAACUAGGCCAGUUAUAGCAGCUGUAAAUCUUUCUGAUCAGGGACGAAGCUAGGGGAAGGUCCUGGGGUGCCUGUAACGCCCCUUUUUGUGAGAUAAUUGUUUUAUGUCCCUAUGAUUGUAACGAAAACGCGCGAAUCUGAAGAAUCAACAUGUAAUAAAUAUUUUCAAGUGCUGGGUAGUUCCAUACUCUAUUUGUAGGACCGCAUAUCUGUAGUCGACCAGUGAGACUAAAAUAAAGUAUUAUAUGUAACGUGGAACUUAAUUCAUCUAUGUAGCUAUUUUUUAGGCUUUCUCUCCCCCCACGCUCCCUGCUCAUUCGAAAAAAUGUCACUUUUAGUAAAACGCGGCGUGGAUGUCGACAUCCCAAUCUGGUAAGUACCCUAGGUGUGACUCCCUCCCUCCCCCCCCCCCCCCCCCCCCCCCCCCCCCACACCCCCCCCCCCCCCCCCCCCCCCCCCCCCCCAACACCCGCAAACAUACACAUCUUUACUCCCAACAUCUGCAACUCAAUAUUUCUGUAACCAAAAACACUAUCGAGAAGACGUAACCCCCCCAUAUUGUUUUUCAUCUCCUCCCCCCCCCCCCCCUGCUGAUUAGAAAAAUGUUACCUUUUCUAAAAACCGGACUGUGAUCUCUAAACCCCAAUCGUUGACUGCCCUAGGGGGUGCUCCCCCCCCCCCCCCCCCCCCCCCCCCCACCUCCCUUUGAAAAACCCCAGCUACACCUCCCGCUGAUCCAAACUAAGCCAGGUAAACUUAACCAUCUUUAACCCGAAGAGUUCAGAUCUAAUUCUUCUGAAUCGAAAACCCAUUGUGGAGGGCUCGAAACCCUACAGUUUGAUGUACAUAUUUAUAUGUCCCUCAUGCAGGAAUAAUAACUUUGUCUCUUGAUUGCAUUAGUUAGCUGGGUGGUUUAGUAAUCACUAAAGGCCGGAGACGCUUUUACUUUUUGAAAUUUUAACAUUUGGGUUUGUGCUUUAUAUUCAGGUCAAACGCGAAGAACCCUUUUCGAUGUCCUCAAAGAUGAGAAUAACUUCUCUGAAAUUUACGAAAAACGGAGGAAUCGUCUUAGUUCUGGCGAAAUGAGCCCCACGAGCAAGACUAGCAGAACAAGGAGCACAUCACAAGAACUUGAACAGGAAAAUCAGGCUGAAAAUGAAUUCAAAUAG